CGGGACUACAGCUCCCCUUGACAAGCAUCACGCAACGUUAUUUUCUAUUGCAAAUCCAACGAGAGAGAAGACGCUCCUCAAAUCUAAAGAAAACAUGAAGCAUGCUGUUUUCCUGACUCUCUGCUUAGCUCUCCUGGUGGAUGUUUGUGCUAGGGGGGGGAGAGGAGGAGGGGGAGGACGGUCAAGUUCUGGUUCCAAAAGUUCGGGUUCCUCCUGGUUCAACUUUUCAUCUAAAAAAACCUCCUCCUCAUCCAAUGGUAGGACAGAAUCAAACUCAAAGUCCACUAAGUCCACAAAGUCCACUAAGUCCACCAGUCAUCAGAAGCCUGUGAUUAAAGAUGUGAGUGGGCGUGGAUGGGGGCAAGAGUACCCAACUCAAAAAACCACAAACUCACGGCAAGGAAAUAACCCUUACCCCUACUGGAAUCCCAACAACAAAAUCAUGAGUCCUCGCUACGGCGGGAACUAUGCUUAUGGGGCUUACGGCCCCGGCUACGGUCAGGGCGGCUCUCCAUUUGCCCACUCUGUGCAGAGAAUGGGCUACGGUCCCUCCGUCCAGUCUAAGAGCCUUGGCAGGCAGGCUGUGGUGGCAGCUGGCACUGGGGCUGUGGCUGGCGCCGCUGUGGGCUAUGGCCUUGGCAGAUUCCCGCGCCCCCACUACCACUUCCACGACUCGAAUCAGGAAUCCUCCUACAACCACUACAUGUACCAACACUAUGGGUCUCAGGAGAGCCGCAACACCAACACGCGCACACACACCCAUCACCCAAGUAGCUCUGGCAGUGGGGUCAAUCAAGGCAUUGACGACAGCAGCAGUACUGGUGGCGCCGAUGGCAACCGUCCUCUAGUUCUCCUUCAAUCUCCUCCAAAGUCGUAUGACGACUAUAUGAGCAGCUGUAUGAAGAGAGAGGAUUUGUUACAGUCAGAGCGCACAGGGGAUCGAACCCAAUCCCAAAACAUGACCAAGGCUGGAGCACCGUCAACCACUGCCGUGUCUAAGGAUGCUGCCAAGCCGUCUCAAGAGGUAAAGAAAGGGACAGGGCAAGGGAAUGAGAUAGAAGAGAAGGGAGCUGAGAAAAAAGAGGUACAUGAUGAGGUGGUCAACAUCGAGGAGAUUGGCUAUCCGGCUCUGAUUGAGCAGCUCAAAGCUCGUAAAUGUGUGGAGCUCUAUACAGUCUACACUCAGGGCAUUGCAAUGAGACAGCAUGCUGCUUACAAUCACGGAUCAAAGCCAGAAGUGCAUUUCAUUAGCCAUUCUCUUUUAUGCCUUAUUGGUUCCCUUCUCUUGUACUGAGAGAGAAGUACCAUGUGAAGUACCGUAGAUGGCGAAUGAUGACAGUGAAAUGGUUUAGACAGAGCGAGUAAAAUUAUUAGAUUAAUAGAGAUAGGAAUGAAAAUUACUCUUUGACCAAAUAUUCAGAAGGAUAUUGUUGUUUUAUUGUUUUAAACGUAUACAUACUAAUAGCAUGGUAAUUAUGUUCUCAACAGAUAAAGACACUGUUCCAACUCUUAGCUUCAGUAAAUGUGAUGUAUCAGCGUAGCAUAUAGCAUUUAUAGAAUGUGGACCAAGAAAUAUAUAAAUAUGGACCUAUUGCUAUUUUAAAACAGAACUCAAUCAUCUGCUCAGGUAGUUUCUUAAGUAUCUUCUUAAUACCCAAUCGGUGCCUAUUUCAUCAUACAGCCAUGUAUGAUUUAUUAAAAAAAAAAACAGAACUGUACUGGGUAAAACUCAGAAACAAAGCAAAGCUUUUAAAACAAUCUGCCAAUGACCAAAAUCACACAUAGAUACACUCUGAAAAAAUAAAGGUGCUUAAAUGGUUCCAAUACUGAACCAAUACUGGCCCCAUUAUUUUUUAGAGUGUAGAGCAUAGAGAGACAGAUCAAAGUAAAGUCGUCAAAUUACGACCUUAUUUUGUUCAGUAGUAAAUAUCCCAGGAUGAUUAUAUUGAAGAACUUUUAGAUGGAGACUUUUCUCCCACCUUGAGGAAAUCACGUUACUGUAGGGUAGAUCAAGUGUGGUGAUCUGGAUGUGUGCAAGACAUUUUUAUGUACCUCACAAUGGGUUGUCCAUUAAAGCCCAUAAAAGCUCUGGUGACAAUGCUGGAAGCACUUACUGUGGUCCAUUCAUCAGUGUUGGACUGCUUGUCCCUUACUGUGCAUGUUACACUGGAAAUGUACUGUAGUUAAUUCCACCGCUCUGCCUCUCUUUACACUAACCUG